GUAGGUAGUACGUUUCUUAGCACCCUCAGCAAAUGUCGUUUGCACUGAAAAUCUAAUUAGCUUCUGGGUUUUCCUUUGAUAAGGUAAAAGUAAAUACCUAUGAUCAGGAUGAAGCCUGAAGAAGAAAAAAUUGAAGACGUCGGCAACAAUGAGAGUGUAUUGAAAGACGGUGGGUCCGUGUCCAGCAUCAAUUCAGUUAUUAUAAAAAAGGAAGAGGCACAAAAAACUGACGAAAUGGAAGACAAGGGGACUGCAACAAAAAGUGAUGAAAAGCAGAACCUAUUUUAUUUACCCAAGGGUGACAGCCCAAUUCCAAGAUCUCCAUCCAUGGGCGAUAAUCGAUCUGACACCAACACCGACAUUCUCCUAAGGCCAAAAAGUACUGUGGUAUCGGCAGUAGUCACGCCAAAUAGAAAUCUACUGGGAACGAAAAAAUCCAAUUCAACUGCAGAUUUGCAAAAAUACGGACAACUGCGGAAACCUCCAACUGGCAAAAACAAAAAUGAAAAUAUGGUACUACAACUAGUGCUACCCUCUACCAACCGAAACAGCAACAAUGAUACUAACUACCUAACAGCUAGAUCUGUGGACGACAUUUUAGACAAUGGCCACUUGAAGGAAAGGAAUGUCAGACCGCACAGCGUCCACACCCAGCAGGACCUCUACCUAUCCCCGCCGAAUGGAGCCUACCUAAAUCGCGCUUACUCCGCGUGUGACCUCAGAGAAUACGGGCAUCCCGGGGAGUCCCCGGGAGCGUAUUCCGUAUCAGCGACUCCUACUUCAUUCCAGGAAAACGAAAAGCCCACACCGCCCGAGGAGAAAAAGCGGGCCUUUUCGGGGUUACUAAUAAACGUCCUUAGUGUAUUCUAUGCCUUGUUUAACGUGACCUUAGGGUUGGCUGUAUAUGUAAGCGAUCUUAUUGAAGGAACUAAACAUGUAGCUGAGAUUUUCAGUUUGAUAUUGGUAAGCGUGGCCUUCCUAUACAUAUUGUUUUUAACUGUAGACAUCCACUUAUACAUGAAGAAGAAAAGACGAUACGAAAAAAUAUUAGAAAAAAACAUGGCGGACGCCAUCGAAAUGAAGGAGACGGCGGAAGGACAUUUUCAGUUCAAUAUAGCGCUGCCCGAGGUAGUAACUCUAAAGCGUCCUUUAGAACAUCACUACUGUUUCAAAAAGGACCGUCACUCGGCCAAUUUCUAUUUGAAGGUCGGGGCAGCAGUUUUCUGUUUUGGCCACUUAAUACACAGCGGCCUAAUUAUAGGAUAUCAACUAGUCUUUUUAACAAACAAUGAAUCAGCUUUCUACGAAUGUGCGUCCGCUGCCACUCUUGCGCUUGACGUCUUGUAUCCAAUAUAUUCAUUCCUCUUGCUAUUUUUCAUAUUCAAAUAUUCAAAUGUCAUUAUUAACAGAUACUCAAAAUUUGCUCGUUUCGGCAUGAUGCACUGCCUUUCUUCGAGCGUUUGUUUCUGGAUCUGGACCAUUUUUAGAGAAGUCUUGGAAGCGCUUGCCUUCGCGGACUAUGGAGAUGACGACGAAACAACUACUACCUCCCCAGUAACAGCUUCCGAUUAUGUGGAACCGCCCUAUUCUUUACCUUUGAACUAUUCAAACGGUCAAAAAGGUGCCCAGAAAGAAAUUGUGGACAUUUCUACAAGACGUUUUACUGCAAUAUGUGAACAGAAUGACGAAAGUUUAUCAACGAUUUAUAGGGAUUUUUCGCCAUAUUUGUACCCCUUCAGUGUCGAAUACAGUAUUUUAGUGGUUGGUAUAUUGUACCUUGUAUGGCAGAACAUCGGGGCGUGCAAAGAGGAGGAGGACGAGGACCAGACAAGACAGUGCAUGACCCCCUCCGGAAACAAAGAUAACACGGAAAGCAACGUCGCCAUCCACGCCGACUGUCACGCGUCCAACAAGGGCCUGUUCGCCGGAUUCACCAUUUUGGUGCUCACCCUUGUCAGCAUCAUAUUGUUCUUUAUUGCUAUCUACACCGACGACGGGAGACACGGGGAGAUUGGAGUCACUCUGAACAUAGUGACUUCACUAAUCAUCCUUUCGUUUAUGACCUUAGCCUGUAUCUUCGCAUUCGUACAAAUAACGAAACUUGACAUCAAUUCAGCACACCACAACUUACUAGACGAUAUUUUGUUGUUCAUAUGCAUUCCGGCAUACUUCUUGAACGGGAUUUUCAGCAUGAUACCUGCCAUUAUAUUUGCUAACGUUAUCGGAUCAAUCAACAUAGUCUUAGAGGUUUUCCAAGUCCUGCUCCAGACGUGUUUUAUAAUGGAUGGUUUGCGACGUUCCAGCAACACGAAAGAACUCAGAAGGAUUAAACCAGGUCGAGAAAUGGUCACAUUUUUAGUCAUAAGCAACGUGGCGCUUUGGAUAAUGCAAACUUUCGAGGUGAAAAGUCAUGGAAUGCAGGACAACCGAUACGAGUUCUAUGGAAAAGAAUUAUGGACCAUCCUUGGUCAUAUGUGCCUGCCUCUGAUGAUGUUCUAUAGAUUCCAUGCUUCGGUUUGCAUCGGGGACAUUUGGAAGUAUGCUUAUGAACCACCAGGACAUUAAACGACUUUAUUUUCUGUAUAUAAUUCAGUAAUCGUUGUUAAUUUAUUAAGUGAAUAUCACAUUAUGAUGUAUGUACGUAGUCUGUUUGUUGUUUGUGUAAAUCUCUUCUUCGAUCUGUUAGCUAUAAACACAUUAACCAAACAGUUAACAUAGAGAUAAUAAUUAAUAUUGCUUUGUAACUAUUUUUCUUUUUAACUAAAUAUGUAAGCAAAGUAAUGUUUCAUUUCUAUGUAGAGUCUCUAGUUGUUGUACAUAAUAGUAGUUUUAGUUUUAGAAAAGCAAUAAAAUCAUUUUUAUUUUAUUGUU